CUGCAGCCAUGAAAUUAAAAGAUGUUUACUCCUUGGAAGGAAAGUUAUGACCAAACUAGACAGCAUAUUAAAAAGCAGAGACAUUACUUUGCCAACAAAGGUCCGUCUUGUCAAAGCUAUGGUUUUUCCAGUGGUCAUGUAUGGAUGUGAGAGUAGGACUAUAAAGAAGGCUGAGCACUGAAGAAUUGAUGCUUUUGAACUGUGGUGUUGGAAAAGACUCUUGAGAGUCCCUUGGACUGCAAGGAGAUCCAACCAGUCCAUCCUAAAGGAGAUCAGUCUUGAGUGUUCAUUGGAAGGACUGAUGUUGAAGCUGAAUCUCUUAAUACUUUGGCUACCUGAUGUGAAGAGCUGACUCUUUUGAAAAGACCCUGAUUCUGGGAAAGAUUGAAGGCAGGAGGAGAAGGGGACGACAGAGGAUGAGAUGGUUGGAUGGCAUCACCGACUCAAUGGACAGUUUGGCUGAAUUGGAAGCAUUGUGUACUCAUCUCUACAUAGGGACUGAUCUUACACAAAGAAUAGAGGCUGAGAAAGCACUCCUGGACCUUAUUGACAGCCCAGAAUGUCUCAGCAAGUGUCAACUUUUAUUAGAACAAGGAACAACAUCCUAUGCUCAACUCCUUGCAGCAACUUGUCUUUCAAAACUUGUUAGCCGAGUCAGUCCUUUGCCAGUUGAACAGAGAAUAGAUAUCAGAAACUACAUUCUUAAUUAUGUGGCUUCACAGCCCAAGCUGGCUCCCUUUGUUAUCCAAGCUUUAAUUCAAGUCAUUGCUAAAAUCACUAAAUCAGGGUGGUUUGAAGUUCAGAAAGACCGAUUUGUUUUCAGAGAAAUUAUUGCUGAUGUGAAGACGUUUCUUCAGGGUGCUAUGGAACACUGCAUAAUAGGAGUAAUAAUCCUUUCAGAAUUGACUCAGGAAAUGAACCUGGUUGAUUAUUCUAGACCUUCAGCAAAACACAGGAAAAUAGCUACCUCAUUUCGUGAUACUUCUCUCAAAGACAUUUUAGUGCUAGCAUGCUCUCUUCUAAAAGAGAUAUUGGGCAAGCCUUUAAACCUUCAGGAUCAGGAUCAACAAAAUCUAGUAAUGCAAGUCUUGAAACUGGUCCUCAACUGCCUUAACUUUGACUUCAUUGGCAGUUCAGCAGAUGAAUCUGCAGAUGAUCUUUGCACAGUACAGAUUCCAACAACUUGGAGAACAAUUUUCCUGGAACCAGAAACAUUGGAUCUUUUCUUUAAUUUGUAUCAUUCACUUCCACCACUCCUAUCUCAGUUAGCACUUUCAUGUUUAGUUCAAUUUGCUUCUACAAGAAGGUCCUUAUUUAGCAGUCCUGAACGUGCCAAGUACCUUGGUAAUUUAAUUAAGGGAGUAAAAAGGAUACUUGAAAACCCUCAGGGUUUGUCUGAUCCAGGUAAUUAUCAUGAAUUUUGUCGAUUUUUGGCUCGUUUAAAGACAAAUUAUCAGCUGGGAGAAUUAGUUAUGGUGAAGGAAUAUCCUGAAGUUAUCAGAUUGAUUGCCAAUUUUACCAUUACUAGUCUACAGCAUUGGGAAUUUGCUCCCAACAGUGUUCAUUAUUUAUUAACCCUGUGGCAGAGGAUGGUGGCAUCCGUUCCUUUUGUGAAAUCAACUGAACCCCACCUAUUAGACACUUACGCACCAGAAAUCACGAAGGCCUUUAUCACUUCUCGCUUGGAAUCUGUUGCUGUAGUUGUGAGAGAUAAUUUAGAUGAUCCACUGGAUGAUACCACCACUGUGUUUCAGCAGUUGGAGCAGUUGUGCACUGUUAGCAGAUGUGAAUAUGAAAAGACAUGCACUCUUCUUGUACAGUUGUUUGAUCAAAAUGCACAGAAUUACCAAAAACUUCUGCAUUCAACUUCUGGAAUAACUGUGGACAUGGCAGUUCAAGAAGGACGUCUUGCCUGGCUGGUAUACUUAGUUGGAACAGUUGUUGGUGGAAGAUUAACAUAUACCAGUACAGAUGAACAUGAUGCUAUGGAUGGAGAAUUAUCCUGUCGAGUUUUUCAGCUUAUAUCUUUAAUGGAUACCGGAUUGCCUCAGUGUUCUAAUGAGAAAAUAGAACUUGCAAUUCUGUGGUUCUUGGAUCAGUUUCGUAAAACAUAUGUUGGUGAUCAACUUCAAAGAACCUCAAAGGUAUAUGCCCGUAUGUCAGAAGUCUUAGGAAUAACAGAUGACAGCCAUGUUCUAGAAACAUUCAUGACGAAAAUUGUUACAAACCUUAAAUACUGGGGAAGAUGUGAGCCUGUAAUUUCAAGGACGCUUCAGUUCCUAAAUGACCUUUCUGUUGGCUAUAUCCUUUUAAAAAAACUUGUGAAGAUAGAUGCCGUGAAAUUCAUGCUAAAAAAUCACACGAGUGAACACUUCCCCUUUCUUGGCAUCAGUGACAGUUACAGUCUCAGUGACUUCAGAUGCCGAACAACCUUCUACACAGCCCUCACUCGUCUUCUGAUGGUAGAUCUAGGCGAAGAUGAGGAUGAAUUUGAAAAUUUCAUGCUGCCUCUUACAGUCUCUUUUGAAACAGUAUUACAGAUAUUCAACAACAACUUUAAACAAGAAGAUGUGAAGCGUAUGUUGAUCGGGCUGGCAAGAGAUCUUCGAGGGAUUGCCUUUGCACUGAACACAAAGACCAGCUACACCAUGCUGUUUGACUGGAUGUACCCAGCAUAUCUUCCUGUUCUUCAGAGGGCUAUCGAGCUGUGGUAUGGAGAGCCAGCAUGUACAACUCCCAUCUUAAAACUUAUGGCAGAACUGAUGCAAAACAGAUCCCAGCGUUUGAAUUUUGAUGUAUCAUCUCCUAAUGGAAUUCUUCUCUUCAGAGAAGCUAGUAAAAUGAUUUGCACUUAUGGUAAUCAGAUCCUGUCCCUUGGGAGCCUCUCAAAAGAUCAGAUUUAUCCAAUGAAACUCAAGGGCAUCUCCAUCUGCUAUUCAGCUCUCAAAUCUGCCUUGUGUGGAAAUUAUGUCAGCUUUGGCGUCUUCAAGUUGUAUGGGGACAACCACUUUGACAAUGUACUCCAAGCUUUUGUCAAAAUGCUGCUGUCAGUGUCCCACAGUGACUUGCUCCAAUAUCGGAAACUGAGCCAGUCGUAUUAUCCACUCUUGGAAUGUCUCACCCAGGACCACAUGAGCUUCAUCACCAACUUAGACCCUCCUGUACUCCUGUAUGUUCUCACAUCCAUCUCAGAGGGACUCACUGCUCUUGAUACAGUCGUCUCCUCCAGCUGCUGUACCAGUUUAGACUACAUCGUCACCUACCUCUUCAAGCACAUAGCAAAAGAGGGCAAGAAAUCACUUCGAUGCCGAGAGGCUACCCAGGCUGGUCAGAGACUGUUACAUUUUAUGCAGCAAAAUCCAGAGGUCCUGCAGCAGAUGAUGUCCGUCCUCAUGAACACCAUUGUCUUUGAAGACUGUCGGAACCAGUGGUCAGUAUCCAGGCCUCUCCUAGGGCUCAUCCUGCUCAAUGAGAAGUAUUUCGGUGAACUGAGGGCAGGUCUGAUAAGCAGCCAGCCUCUCCCCAAGCAGGAGGCCCUUGCCCAGUGCUUCAGGAGCCUGAUGGAAGGAGUGGAACAGAACCUGUCUAUCAAGAACAGGGACAGGUUCACCCAGAACCUCUCUGUCUUCAGAAGAGACGUGGCUGAGGCCCUGCGUAGCGAUGGCAUCAUUGAGCCACUGGACAUGAUGAGCUGACUGGACUUCUGCCCGUGUGCCAAGAGGCCUUCAUCCAGAGACUUGUGGGUCAGGGUCCCAGGACAGUGAUGUUGGCUAGCCCAGGAGAAUCUAUUUUUCAAAACAACAACAAAAACCCUACCUUUUUAUAAGUCUGGCCUAAUUAUAAGAAUUUAUAAUAGUGCACAAACAAUGUAAAUUCAGUCUUUGCACUGAAAAAAGCAAAAGAUGUGUUUUCAGUCUUUCUAUAUAAGAUUAUUACCUUUGUUCUCAUAAUUCUCUAAAAGGGUAGAAACAACGUUUAACCAAAGAACAUAAUAAACCAGGUUUGCAACUCAGUGU